UGUGGGAGUGGCAGUAUCAUCAGUGUUAAUUCAUUGUUUCACGCAUUGCAAAGCAAUAUGAACCUUAAGGUUAUCGCCCUGGCUUCCUUGCUGGCAAUCGCAAGUGCAAAGCCAGGCCUUUCUCAGAGCUAUCAGGCUCCAGGAUCUUCCUUCGGUGGUUCUGCAGGAGCUGCCAGUUUCCUCCGACCUGCCGCAGGACCUGCCAUCAACUUCGGAGGGGCUGCUUCUGCUGGAGCCUACAACCCUCCUGUCGCUCCUGUAACUCGCCCUCAGUAUAACUUCAACUACGACGUCAAUGCCUUUGGUAACGAUUUCGGCCACCAAGAGGGCCGCGACGGAUACAACACUCAGGGAUCCUACUACGUGCAGCUUCCCGACGGUCGUCUGCAGAGGGUCACCUACACUGUCAACGGCGACCAAGGAUACGUGGCUCAGGUGACGUACGAGGGAGUGGCUCAGUACCCUGCCUUCCAGCCGUCUGCCUCCUACUCGCCUGCACCUUCUUAUGGCUAGGUCUGCAAACCGAAUAUGACCGUCAUUUUACACAUUUAACCAAGAUUUGUUACUACUUCGCCAAAUGCCAUAAUGAUAAUAAAAGAUAU